UGCAACGCGCACUUCCGCAUUCCGAUCGUUCCGACGGUCUCUGCGGCUUUGGGCGGGAAAAUUGCAAUUUCCAUCGAGCGAAUGGUUUUAAAGAAUGAAGAGAAAAAAAGACCAAAGAUCUGGGAUUGAGAGAAGGAACAAGCAAGGCAACAGAGGCUGGAAUCCCCCAAAGCAGCGCUUCUGCAACCCUAGGACUGAUCCAAAGCUACAAAAUUCUGACACUGAGAGUCCAAGUAUCUCAUUUACGGGCAAUUCACUGCAAGGCGUGCAAAUGCCAGACACUUCACAGAUAGAUGGUCCUCCAGUGGUCUUGGAGCAGUCUUCAUGCGUGAUGGAUGCUUCACUUCUGGAGCAGCAGCAACUAUCUUUUAGCCCUCCACUGAGCUCAACCUUCACGCACAUAGAUAUACCAGGUACUAAUGUGGAAAACAGCACAGUGGCACAUGAAGAAGUGGAGAAAGACACUAGUCAGCCAUCUAUUAUUACAGAGCACGAUUCUGUUGGGAUUAAUUCCAUUGACACCAUAAUGCAUACUUCUAAACCCACAUCACCAGUUAGGGAAGAACAUACAAUUUUACUGGUCAAUGGUAUGCUCUGUUCCAAGACGAUAGACAUUUUGUUGGUUCCUGUAGCUGUGGGUGGGCAAAUAACAGCCCCUCCUGUUGAGGAACACCAGUGCAGGGAGAGCCAUACAAGUGAGACUACUGGUAUAACCAAUGGCUACUGUGAAGAAAGGGAUGCUGCUGGGUGGAAUUCUGGGGAACAGGACGGGGCUAUGACCAGCACAGUACAGAUUCUUGCCAGAGAAGAUUUUAAUUAUGAGCAAUUACAAGAAGAUGUAUGUGAGACAAUAGCAAAGCAUGAACCUGUAGGCUGUGAAAAUGAAUCUCCAUUAAAAGAGCAGGCCACUUUAUUCCAAAGAGAUGUUUUACAAAUGCAAAAACAAGAUUCCCCCUCACAAAGUGACUUAAACCACCACUUUCCCAGUUGUCCUUUGGAGAACCAGGAUAUACGUUUCCAAGAAGCAACUUCUGAUUCGCUAAGGAGCAUUCCCCCAGUGCAAGGACUUGAUCCGUUCUUGCAGGAUUCACAAAAGAAGAAUGAGAAAUUAUAUCUGAAGGAUUCUGAGUUACACGAGCCUUAUCCCACAUUACAAGACAAGGACUUGGAUCCGCAGCCAUCUGUAUGUGAACAGGAUCUCAACUUGCAAAGGCAGGAUUUACAGUGGCAGGAACCCCAGUUAGAAAUAAAGGGGGGCAACCCACUUACCAAUGAUUACACCUUGCAACAAAAUGAUCCCAGGUUAAAUAAACUUGAUUCUGAGUUACAAGAAAAUAACUCUCUGUUACACAGUCAGGAACCUCAAUUCUGCCAUCUGGAUCCCUUAUCCCAGAAUCCUGAAUUACAUAUAGAGGGUCAGCAUUUACAGGGUCAGGAUCCCGCACUACAGAAAGAAGAUUUUCAGUUACAGUGUGCAGAGCCUCGCAUACACACAGAGAAUCCCUUAUUACCGGGACUUGGCCAGAAUUCACUAUGGCAAAACCCUAAAGUGCAAAAACAAGAUAAUCCAGAAAAUAUAAAUGACCCCCAAUUUCACUCCUUACGAAGAAUGAAAUCUUGUUCACAAGAAAGGGAUAACCAGUUGCAGAUGAAUGUAGAGGGUCCCAUUGUUCAGGGCCACAAUCCUCACUUUCAGCAGCCAAGUGCCCAGUUACAAGAGCCAUCCCUGCACCAUGAUACUAAGUUACAGAAAAAUAUCACCCAAUUAGAAGGGCACAAUUUAGAGGUCUCUUCUCAGUUACAUGGGAAAGACUGCCAGUUACAAGGCCAUGCCUCACAGUUAGAGUGGCAGAAUAAUCAUUUACAAGAAAAUAUUCCAAAAGGGCGGUUACAAAAGGGCAACUCAGAACGAUAUGACCAUGAUUCUGCAGGGCACAAUAAACAUAUACCAAAGGAGAACUUCCAGAUGGAACUCACAGAGUCAUUCCAGCCCUCAAGAAUGAAAAGUACCCAUUCAGAGGCAAUAAGUUCAGAGCUAAUACUCAACCAAUUAGCUCUAGAAGACUCAAAAGAGGGGUGCGAUUCUUCAAAUCUAACACCACAUGCCCCAGGGUGCAUAUCUCACCAAUCACAUUUAGUAGUCCGGCCUUCCCAGUCUCCAGUGUCAGGAAGAGAACAUGAUUUCCCAGACAGUCAGCUUUUGAUAGCACUGGAUGAAAGUUUGUAUGAACCCGAACAGAACAUAAAGAAGGAGUCUAUUUUGGUAACAAGCACUCACUGUAGCCAAGGAAAUCAUUGUGAAGCUGGGUCUCUUCCAACCUUUGGUGCUGUAAAACCAGGGAGUGAUGCAGAAAAGGAGGAAGACAGGGAAGAAGAUGCUUCUCCUGUUGUGCAGGGACUGAUCUUCGAGCUGUCAAAUCUCAACCGGCUGAUUAUGACUAUACAUCGGGACCUGAGGCAGAGGAAAGGGAAAGCAACACUUUCAGGAGGAAAGAGACGCAGGGACAUGUAACACCUGAGGGAAAGUCGUGGUAUUUCACUUCGUAUUUGUUCAUUUACAUUACGUUCUAUUCUAAAUUGUAAGACGCGUAUCGUUCACCUUUCGGUUAUUUAUUUGUUUGCCUUAGUUUGCAAUUAGACUAUUCGUUGUAUGUCUUAUUGAAUCCUUUCAUUAAAAAGUUCAAAAACAAUGUAACAGUAAAAAAGGCCAAUCAGUAGGCAAUGAGAAUCAAUGGCGUAUUUAAGAGGGAGUAGGGGGUGCAAAUGCAGGUGUAGCUCCUGGAUCUAAACCCCAAUUUCAUCACUAAAGAGUUCAGUUACCUUAAA